UGGGCCAAGCUCUCCCGGGUCGUUGUCAAGAGUGUCGAUUCUAACUCCCCUGAACACCAGCCCUAUCUGAAAUGUUUGCAAGAGACCCGGGUGGACCUUCUCAACCACAUCUAUACACUAUUGGACGUCGGAAAGUCUACUGUUGCGUUUAUUGUAGCUGAAAGAGUGAGAGGUCUAAAGUGACGGAGGGGACGAACGUCGAAAAGCAGCUCGCAGGAACUUUUCUUUUCUCGCGCAAGCACACCAAACUGGAUAUUUCUUUGUCACGCUGGUCUACCAGCUUGCUAGCAAAUUUCUCAGCAUCCGGAAGGAUGUAAACAGGGCUAUCUGCAACAAUCCUACUCUGCUAGACCCAGACACGACUCUCUGCGACUAGAUGGAGGCUCUUUUUCUCCAAUUUCUCUGGAAUCUUCGACUCAGAUUGCGCGGGUGUCCACCUUUAUCGUUUGUUGUCGAUGCCCUUGAUGAAUGCACAUCCGAAACCGAGUUCAUCGAACCCUUGCACAGGCUCUUCGGGAGCCUGACCUUCCUGUGACACACAUUCUGCUCACCAGUCGCUCAG